UCCUCUCAGCUAGUCCGCAGCUCCUUCCUCUCAUGGGUGCAUACCAACGUCUGGAGAUGAAAGUAUCUGUUGUCUCCAAGAAGCUGUGGUGUGUCCACAAACCGCUGGUGCUCCUAAUCAUGCCGCUGCUUUUUUCACCAUUACUUGUGACAAUGCCAGAAAAGGAGGGAAAAUGUCUUUAUGUGGUGGCGCUCAUGGCAGUGUUUUGGUGCUCCGAGGCCCUUCCACUGGCCGUCACUGCAAUGCUACCCAUCUGCCUCUUUCCAACGCUGGGAAUCAUUCCAUCCAAAAAACUCUGUCCUCAGUAUUUUCUGGAAACCAACUUUCUCUUCUUUAGCGGCCUGGUGAUGGCGUCGUCCAUUGAGGAGUGGGGCCUUCAUCGCAGAAUAGCACUGAAGGUUCUCAAAAUUGUAGGCGUGAAGCCAGCCUGGUUGAUACUGGGCAUGAUGGUGACUUCGUCCUUCCUGUCCAUGUGGCUCAGCAACACGGCCACGACGGCCAUGAUGCUCCCCAUUGCCAACGCCAUCCUGGAAAGUUUGUUUGGUGAUUUGGAGACCCUCAAGCAAAAAUGCAAAUCUAUAGAGGAUCGUGACAGUGACAUUAUUAAUGGCCAGUCUACCAAGAUGCAUUCAUUGCCUUCAGCGGCCUCAGAGAAACAAAUCUUAUCACUAGAUGGGGUGGAUGGGGCCGAACAAACUGACAUGAAGACAGCUGAGGAGAUCCGGGCCGAGUCAGAGUAUCAGAUGAAGGUUUGGAAAGGAUUCCUUAUCUGUAUUCCCUAUUCGGCCAGUAUUGGAGGAACUGCCACACUGACUGGGACUGCUCCCAACCUCAUCCUGAUUGGACAGCUCAAAAACUAUUUUCCAGACUGUGAUGUUAUUAAUUUUGGCUCUUGGUUUGCUUUCGCCUUCCCGCUCAUGUUCGUCUUCCUGGUUUUGGGAUGGAUAUGGAUUGCGUUCCUUUUUGGAGGAUUGAACACACGGUUGUGCUUUAAGGAACACGACCAAAGAGGAGAGGCAGAGGCCAGAGCCAAGGCUCUCAUUGAAGAUGAUUACAGAAAACUAGGGCCCAUAAAUUUUGCAGAGGGAGCCAUCUUGUUUUUCUUUGUCUUGUUUGCCGUUCUCUUGUUCACAAGGGACCCCAAGUUUGUCAACGGUUGGUCUGUGUAUUUUAAAAAGGGCUACGUGUCGGACGCAGUCAUUGGCGUGAUCAUUGUGUCCAUGUUGUUUUUCUUCCCCUCGCAGAAACCUUCUCUCUGCUGGUGGUUCGACCCAAAAGCUUCAAAUGCGCCAUAUGUGCCUCUCCUAUCAUGGAGGAAAGCCCAGGAGUCUGUUCCUUGGAAUAUCAUUUUGUUGCUCGGAGGUGGGUUUGCCAUGGCCAAAGCAUGUGAGGAAUCUGGACUUGCCUCCUGGAUCGGGGGCCACCUCCAGCCUUUGGCCAAGGUCCCACCUGCUGUAGCCAUGAUGUUGAUCACAGCCUUUGUGGCCUGUUUCACUGAAUUUGCCAGCAACACUGCCACCAUUAUUAUACUUUUACCUGUCAUUGCUGAGCUGGCGUUUCAUGUCUCCGUGAACCCUCUGUACUUCAUGAUCCCAGCAACGAUCGGAUCUUCAUACGCUUUCAUGCUGCCUGUGUCUACCCCACCCAACUCCAUCGCCUUUGCAUCCGGACACCUCAUGGUCAAAGACAUGGUCAAAACUGGUUUUGUCAUGAACAUCCUGGGUCUCCUGUCAAUCACUCUAGCCAUGAACACAUGGGGCAUCGCCAUGUUUAACUUGAAUACCUAUCCCGAUUGGGCUCGCCCUCUCAACCAGUCUGCUUCUGUUGCAGAUGUGCACUUGCCUCGUGUCCAUACAACAAAUAUGACUCUCUGAUCACUCAAAACACUAAACAGUGACAAAAAUCUGUUUUAAAUUACUUUUAAGUUAAGUUACUUUUAAGUUUUGAGUUACUUUUUAUAGUUAAUUUACAUAAUUCGUCAAAGUCAACAUUUUUGCUGACAACCAUUACUUUUGCAACACUCUAAGAUGAAAAGAUGCAAAGUGUGGCCAAUUUGAGCAAGCCUUUUGCUUUUUGGCUAUCCAGAUCGAUAGGGGGCAGCACUGAGGGUGGUCUCUUGCCACCUGUGAAAUGAUACCUGGAGAAUUAUUACAUCUUGGAGUUCUACUGGGCAGUGGUGCUGCAAUGCAACUCAAUGGGGCCAACAUGCAAAGUCUGCAUUGCUGCUGAUGUGACUCCAGGGACCCUUGAUCCCCUCUUAAAAUAUGUUUUCAGUCAAAAACCAUGUUACUUAUUUAUGAAUCCUUCUUUUCCAAUGUACAUUAUGUUAUUACUGUUACCAUAUCACCGCAUGAAAUAGGCUAUCCUAACAUGUCGUAGUCCUCCAAUGUUAUGUUGAGACAAACUGAGUGUACACUCAUGUAAAGUCUUCAAAAGGUUUGUCUGGUGUGUUAUAAAUUGACUCACAACAAUGGUUAACCUGCACAAGGCUGCUGUGGUUAUUCAGUGUCAGUCGGGUCGUUGCAAAAGGUCUUGCGGUGUCUGAAUGCGAAACCUUGAGCCAAAGAAGUCAAAGAAACAACAGCAAAGGAGGUUGAAAUGAAGGCUGAUUUCUUUUUCUGAGAAGACGUGCACAAAGGCGUUUGUAUAUUCAGCGAUUGCGUUCAAUCAAAACAGGAAUCAUGAUCCACUCAAUUCAUAUGUAUGCAUUUCAUUUUGUUGUAAUUGUCUACACAAUAAUGGGAAUUAUUACACGUGCGUAAUGACCGACAGUGUGCGCAGUUUAAUAAACUAUACUUG